UGAGGCAAAUGUUCAGCGUGUAAAAAUGUUCUAUUUUUCAGUCUUCUCCUUCUCUAACUUAUCGUGACUCUCCCUCUCUUAGUGACUCAAUCUCAAUUCAGUUUCAUAUCAUUUGCUUCUCCCUCUCUCAAUUUGCGCCUCUUCCUCUCUCAACUCUUAGUCUCCAUUUUCAUUCCUUCUCCUCUUCACUUCCUCCAGAGAAUUGUUAAUUUCAGAAUUUUGAUUCUACUGUUGUAUAAGUUGAUCAAGUCCAAUGUAAUAACUUGAAGAGAAUGUAAGGAUUUCUUAGGAUUUUUACUUCAAGAGGCUCAAAUUUUGGUAAAUAGUGGCGGAACUGGGGUUGGGAAGGGGAGCCACCGCCAGAAUUAGUUUGCAGAAUUCCUAUUCAGGUUCAUUUCUUCUUUCCCUUUCUCUUUCAUCUGAGAACGUGAUCUCUAUUCUUCUCCCAACCAAAGCAAGCCACCUAACAUUACAUCCACCACCACACCACCGCUUGUGAGCCGCGACCACUCUCCUCCUUCUCCAUCCAUCACCGCUGCAUACUUCUCCAUCUUCUGUUUCGAUUCUUCAGUUUAGAGACAUCUCUCUCCACAACAAAACCCUAAUUGUUGUAACUUGCUCUAAGAAAUUUUUGGCUCCGCCACUGCAGUUGCACUGAACUUAUCUCACCGGAAAACGUUGCCGGAGUUUCCCGUCGGCGCCAGAAACAUUGAACAAGUCCUCCAGAUUUUGUAGAAAUGAAUUCUGCUCAAGUUACUGCAUUUCAGCUUGGAAUUUGUGUGAAAAAUUCUAAAUCAUGUGUUUUGCAAAAGAGUAUUGUAAACUCUUUCCCUCGGAUUCGGAGUAUUAGCAUAAGAGAUAAACCGUUAUUUGGGUUGAAAUCUUUGAAACCUCUUCGUGCUGGUGGAAAAGGAAUGUCAGAAAAUAGUGAUGAGAAUUCCCCAUGGCAAUCUAUUACAAAUGCAAUGGACAAAUUUAAGGGACAACCAAUAGAAGAAGUAUUACGGAAGCAAAUUCAAAAAGGUGAGUAUUUAGACAAUGGUGGAAGUGGAGUAAAGCCACCAGGAGGAGGAGGAGGAGAAGGUGGGAGUGGUGGUGGCAGUCCCAAUGGCCCUGGUGGAUCUGAUGAUGAAGAAAGCUAUGACACUCGCCAAACUAUUUUCGCAUCUGGUGCCUUACUAUCUCUGUAUAUCUAUCUCAUCAUGGGCAAGGAGCUUCUAAGGACAAUUUUUGACUUUUUAAGGUUUAUAGUUGGCUUAGGUAAGACUAGUCGAAUUAAGCGUAUCUUGGUAAGAUUGGGAAAAUUGUACAAGAGUACAAAACGGAGGAAAAUCACCGAUGAGCACUUUUUGGAGAAGGCCAUUUUGAAUACCCCAACAUGGUGGUAUGAUCCUCAGGAUUUUCGUACAGCAGUUAAGAAUUACUAUGCAUCAGAUGCGGAUGAAUAACUUUUACAGACUUUGUAGGAUCCUCUAUUGUCCUUCCUUUCAUUAGUUUUCUUACCUUGAGCUCAAUGAUGCUCUCUAGACAUUGUAUUGUAUCAUAAUGUUUUACAGUGUAUAAGUGUAUUGCCUUUCCUUGCAUUUGUUUUGCCCUCAGAUUGUUAUAUAGCAAGGGCAGUUGUAACUUCCAAGGUUAUUCUGUAUGAACUUGAUCUGCUUCUCUAUGAACAAUUUUAGUAUCAUUCUAGCCUCAAGUGGUUGGUCUAGUGGGGCAUGACAGAACAUGUAUUCGACAUUUUGUUAAUUUUAGUCCGUACUGGUUUCUUGGGGGUGAGGUUAAUGUAAUCUCUCUCGUAAGUAUUCAAUAAGUCCGGAGGUUUUUCCUUCUUUGAUGUAUCAAGUAAUUAGUAUCGUAGUAUCA